CUAUAAGACCAGCUGAUUGUUUCUUUCUUUCCAUUCUUCAAAUCAUUACUUCUUCCUAUCUCUAGUAUUGUUAUAUCAGCCUCAACAUGACUUCUAGAACGCCUGCAUCAAAGAAUGAGCCCAUCGUCAUCGUGGGCGCUGGUGUCUUUGGCCUUUCAACUGCCCUUGAACUCAAGAAGAGAGGUUAUCAACAUGUCACAGUGCUGGAUCGCUAUCUACCUCCUGUGAUGGAUGGAAGCAGCGUUGAUAUUUCACGUGUGAUUCGUGUGGAAUAUGCUGAUCCUUUCUACGGGAAGAUGGCCACUGAAGCCGUCGAGGGCUGGACGGGUCAAUAUUCACAGCACUACCAUCAAUCAGGCUUUGUGAUGCUCACUAAUGCUUCGGGAAACUCUUUUGUGGAGCAGAGUAAGGAGUCUAACAAGACUCUUGGAGGAACGUUGGAGGAGUAUGAGAAUGCACAUGAUAUUCGAAAGCAAUUUCCUGCCGUUCAGUCUCAGCUUGAUGGCAAGAAGGCGUACUUCAACAAGACUGGAGGCUGGGCGGAUGCAGAAUCUAGUAUUCAACAAUUGGCUACUGAGUGCUCUCUUGCAGGUGUGUCGUUCAUCACAGGCUCAAGAGGCAGGGCUUUAUCUCUACGUUACAGUGGGCAGAAAGUCACUGGCGUUAAUGUCGCUGAGGGUGACACUAUCCCAGCUGCACAAGUCAUCAUAGCCACUGGAGCGUGGUCGAACAGACUCCUCCCAAUCAGCCACGCCUCAUCUGGCUCCGGACAACCAGUCGGUUUCAUCCGCCUCACCCCCGCCGAAGCAGAGAGACUCAAAGAUAUGCCCGUCAUCAUCAACCUCAGCACAGGAGUCUUUGUCUUCCCACCUACACCAAAGACACAUAUCCUCAAGAUUGCUCGCCACGGCUAUGGGUGGGCGACUGAAGUCGAAGUUAAAGAUCCUCUUGGACAAACUCGAAUGGUAUCAUCUCCCAAGCGAGACGGAAAUAACGCUACUACCAAUUAUUUGCCCGAUGAUGCGCUACAAGCUCUUCGUGAGGGACUACAAGAUCUUGUGCCUGAGGUCGCGGAUCGGGAGUGGUUGAGAACACGGCUUUGUUGGUACUCUGAUACGCCUGAGGGAGACUUUAUCGUGGAUCAUCAUCCUGUUCGUGAGGGUCUUUUCCUUGCUACGGGUGGUGCUGGACAUGCUUUCAAGUUUCUCCCUGUUCUUGGAAGGUAUGUUGUUGACUGCUUUGAGAAUAAGGCUUCCGAGGAGCUUCGACAUAAGUGGAGGCUACGAGCUCCAACUGGACAGGAUAUGGUGAAGCAGGGUGAUGGUAGUCGAGGUGGCCCUCCAUUGAGAAAGUUGACGAGGGCUGAGCAGGCCAAGCUGUGAAAAGCAAAUAGAUGUAUUCAUGUAAAAUGAUUGAUUACUUGAUAUAGGGUUUUAGCUAAGAUAAACAAUGAAUACCUGCC